UUGGAAUGGGAUCUAUCAUCAGAUCAGGUGCACAACUGCAACUCGGUGGUGAAAACUCAUUUCCGUGGCAACCUAGAAGAUUGCCGUUAGCUCUCUUCGUCCUAGCCCUUCGGAUGACCACUAUGAGCGCUAGAUGCCAAGUGGGGGUGCCAGCGGGACAAUAAAGCGCUACAUUGUCCAAACGCCAAAGAGGACACAACCCUUCGAUGUCCCCACGUUCAAGUAAGAUCAAUGAAGUUACUGGCACUCAAGACAGCUAUUUCCUAGUCACAUGGGAUUGCGAAGAUGACCCCGAGAACCCAUACAAUUGGGCCUUUUCUAAGCGCUGCUAUGUGACUGUUUUAGCUGCAAUGCUUGUUUUGAAUGCGGCUUUCGCUAGUUCUGCAACGUCUGGUGUGUCGGAGAGCAUCGGAAAAAGCCUGGGAUUUUCACCAUCGGUUGGGGGCCUACUCAUCUCUCUGUUCGUGGCGGGGUAUUGCGUUGGACCCCUCCUUUGGGGACCCUUGUCUGAAGCUUAUGGGCGACGUCCUAUCCUCGUCUUGUCCUUUGCUGGACUUUUUGGCUCUCAAAUCGGAUGUGCUCUCUCGCGAAAUAAAGCUACGCUCUUCAGUUUUCGAUUUCUCGCCGGAUGUUUUGCUGCCAGCCCAUUUUCAACUAGCGGCGCCAUCAUGACGGAUUUGUGGCAGCCAUACGAUCGGGGGCACGCCAUGGCUGCUUUCGCGGCCGUUCCAUUCGGUGGUCAAACCCUCGGACCAAUUGUCAGCGGACUUGUGGAAGCUUCGUCGUCAAGUUGGAGAUGGGUUUUCUGGAUCCUUUCCUUUGUCUCAGGAGCUUCUCUCGUUUUGAUCCUCAUAAGCAUACCCGAGACUUAUGGACCUCGAAUACUAGAACUGAAGGCGCGUCGUUUGAGAAUGGAAACUGGUAAUGCAAGAUGGCUUACUUCAAAGGGGCUCAACGAUACUCCGUUUGGAACACGUGUCGGUGGUAUCCUGCUGAAGCCAUGGAGGAUGUUCUUUCAAGAGCCGGUAUUGAUUGCAAUCAAUGCAUAUGUCGCUUUCUGCACAGGACUCAUUUAUCUGCUCUUCGGAGCAUAUCCAAUUGUUUUUGGAGUCGGACAUGGCUUUGAUGCAACGAAGACUGGCCUCAUGUUCAUUCCCGUGUUUGUCGGAGGGGGGUUUUCCUGCCUGGCGGUGGCACUCUAUUUCAAUCCUCUGUAUAUACGAGCUACCCGUAUUCGUGCUCCAUUGCAAGUUCCACCCGAAGAGCGACUACCGAUGGGCAUGAUCGGCAGCGUGCUGUUGACUGUCAGUCUAUUCUGGUUUGGGUGGACGAGCGUUCCAUCCAUCUCAUUUUGGGCUCCAGCUAGCGCCGGUACCCUUCUAGCAUUCUCAUUGACCUUGAUAUUCUUGUCUCUCAUCAAUUACAUCGCGGAUGUAUACACCGAGGUUGCGGCGUCUGCACUUGCAACAAAUACCGUUUGUAGGAGCUUGGUUGCAGCCGCUUUUCCGUUAUUCGCGACCAAGAUGUAUACCUCACUCGAGCCGAAAUGGGCAUCUACGAUCCUUGGAUGCAUCGCACUCCUGUUCAUGCCUAUGCCCUUACUUUUCAUGCGGUACGGGCCCUACCUUCGUUCGAAGUCUCGCUAUUCUCCCUCAAAUCGUUCUCCGUGAACGCAGCACAAUUUGCAUGCGAUGGUGAUUUUCUAAAUUUGGCAGACAUACAAGAACUUGUAUUCUGCACCAAUGACCUUUUGUGUACCGGGUCGUGAUUGGACAGGGCGUGAGAGUGUUUGCAUGAUGACAAAUUCAAUGGAUCCCCUGCGUUGAAUCGGGCUUUCGCGUAAAGUAGAAUACUGCUCCACCGUACCCUCAGCCGUAGAGUGUAGAGUAAGUAAUGAAUCCG